AUGGAUUCACGCAAUAAACUAUACCACUGCGAUGUUUGCAGCACAGACUGUACCAAUAGAAUAAGAGUCCAAUGCGCUAUAUGUACCGACUAUGACUUGUGUGUACCUUGUUUUGCCAGUGGAGCCACAACUGGCGAUCACAAACCAUGGCAUGACUAUCAGAUUAUUGAACAAAACACAUACCCAAUAUUUGAUCGAGAUUGGGGUGCAGACGAAGAACUAUUAUUGAUCCAAGGAUGCGAGACUUUUGGCUUAGGCAAUUGGGCUGAUAUUGCCGACCAUAUUGGCAAUCGAUCCAAAGAAGAAGUGGCCCAGCAUUACUUUAAGAUCUACUUAGAAAGCAAAGAUUACCCACUUCCAGAGAUGAACAAGGAUUUCACAAAUGUGUCGCCAACACAAUUAUUAAGUGAAAGGAAACGUAGAAUAGAAAAGAGACGUAAUAUGCCGUUGCCGCCACCUAAAGGAAAACCCGUUGCUUCCGUGCCUUUGUGUCAUGAAAUACAAGGGUACAUGCCAGGUAGGUUGGAGUUUGACCAUGAAGCUGAAAAUGAGGCGGAAGUACCGAUUAAGGAUAUGAUUUUUGAUCCCGACGAUCUGAUCAAUGAUAUCGAGUUAAAGUUGACCAUUUUGGAUAUUUAUAAUUCCAGGUUAACAACGAGGGCUGAACGGAAACGUGUAAUGAUAUUAAACAACUUGCUAGAGUACAGGAAGAAUAUUGCUAAUGACAAGAAAAAGUCGAAAGAGGAAAAAGAUCUUUUGAAAAGAAUAAAUGCUUUUAUUAGAAUACUCCAGCCUGAUGAUUUUGACUCCUUUACUCGUGAUAUAUUACACGAGCUUCGAUGCAGACUUAAGAUCCAGCAACUUCAGUCAUGGCGGAAGAACGGAAUUAAGACUUUGGAAGAUGGCGCGAAAUUUGAAAAGGACAAGAUCAUUAGAAGUGCGCAUUAUACGAGAAUGGGUAAUGGUGUUGGAAGGCACUCCGCCACUCCAUAUGGGGUAUCUCCGCAGCCUGAAUUCAAGCCUAAAACACCUGUCAAUAAAACACCUUUGGACAUUACAAAUUCAGCGGAUUAUGAUCUUCUUUCAGCAGAGGAAAAGCAACUUUGCUCAACGUUGAGGAUCUUUCCUAAACCGUACCUUGCAAUCAAGAACCAGCUUAUGAAAGAAGCAGUAAAGAAUAAUGGAGUAUUAAAAAAGAAGGAUGCACGACAAUCAUUGAAAAUCGAUGUGAAUAAAGCCUCCAAAAUAUACGAGUUUUUCGUUCAAAUGGGAUGGAUAUCGCAGGGUUAA